AUGCCGAGUAGAGAUUCAAGGCCGCUCCUGUGGCGGGGAGCUGUGCAGUGCGCCUUUUUCUUUUUCUUAACAUUGGUUGUCUUCCAGGCAACGGAGCCCUCAGCUACUGUAUUGGGAUACAUAGAUACACCAAAAUCGCAUCAGCUGCCCGAUGCGCAUCUUCUUCAAGGGAGGCUUGCAGAUGGCUCGCUUCGCUUACCUACCACAGUUGCUGCGCAGUUCCAGUCGCAACAAUCUGCUCCUCCUUCUGGAACCCUUCAAGGCAGAAUCGGUUCAGCAAGCGCUGCAGGCACGAAUCCUACUGUGCUGCAAUCUGCUGAGCAGGAGAAGCAAACUUCAACAGAAGAUGUGGAGACCGUCUGCUUCUCGCGAAAUCUUUAUGGAAUCUUAGACCCGAAAACGGGAGUGUUCAUAGAUCAGGGGCGAACGGCUGAGGAGGUUUUGGCAGAGAUGAAGGCGAAGAGCUCUGGAGCUGAACGUGAAGCAGCUAUGGAUGCUUUUGCAUCAAUGGUAGAAGACGGAGAAUUCAACUCUUCGCUGAUUGCCAAGCUCUUCCCCACCUCGGCCUUGGUGUUUCUGGUUAUUGCUGCUCUCAUCUUCUUGCUCUUACUCUUCUUUAUGGGACCUUUGAUUUGCUGUAGGUGUUGCCGUUUAUGCUGCUGCUGUGUUCGCCGGAGGGCCCACAGCAAGACCGGCCGAAUUCCAUGUUACUUAAUGUUCGGCCUGACAUUGGCGGCAUUCGCUGUAGCAAUGGCAAUCGCAGCAUAUCGAGUUGACAGGAAAGCCCUGGAUGAAGCAACUGCAGUGGUCUGUGCAGGAGGGCGGUCUGUAGAUGCUGUCUUGUACGGAACACGCACUGAAAUGGAAGGAACAGUAGAGGGAAGGGGCGUGAGCUUUGCGGGUAUUAAAAAUCUACUGGCCGGCUCCCGCAAGUUGGCAGACGCUGCAGAUGGAAGUAAUCCAAACAACUUUGUUGACCAAGUGAAGGAGGAGAUAUUGGAGGCUGUAAACUUAGAUCGUGAGAAGAACUAUUUCAAGAAUGCAAAGGCUGCUACAUCGGGAAACCUAAAAGUAGCCCACGAUAUUACAGACAAGGCGUCUCACACCAACAUCUUUGUGAUUGAGAAUUCUGUGUCCCUUACUCAAGCGUUGGACUUAAUUGAAAGGCAGCUAGGCGCCAUCAAUAUCACUCAACCGAUGCUUGACAUUUUCCGUGAUAUUUCCCUUCCUCCAAUAGAUCUCAGCGGAUUUGAUGCUGCCGACGAGGUGAUGGAUAUGCUGUCAAACACGGUGGAUCACGUUGGCAGUGCUUCACUUUCAGCUGAGCAAGUGGUAGAUACUUUAGAUUUCGCUCUUUUUUUCGUCAGCGCGAUCUCGGGGGCGCUGGCGAUUAUGACUGUGCUUUUCCUUAUCUGGCAGUUACUCAGGCCGAAUAAAUGCGCCAGAAGAACUUUGGGAGUUCUGGCAAUCCUGAUGGCCAUCCUUUCAGUGAUCGUUUGUAUCACUGUGGCGGUGGUAUCUCUUCUACACAAAAUUGCAAUUCCCGUUUGCGACUAUGCCGCUGUACGCUUUAUGGAUGUAAACAGCGAUCACCCACUUGCAAAAAUGUAUGGGAAAGAUAGUGCAGUAUUCCAAGCUUUCAGCGUCUGUUUUUCGGAAACAGGCAGCGGAGACUUCCUGGAGGCAGAGGACGGCACGAGUCGAAUCGAUGGUGCUUUGGAAGCAAUAGACGACGCAACAAAGUCUAUAUGCGACCAAAUUCCUUCCCCACCCUCGGUUGAUUUCCUCGAUAUGCAGGAUUUUGACAAUGAUGCAAGAUUGCAAAGUUGGGCCGUAGUUCUGAAAGACCCCUUGAGUUUUCAAACGUUCCCAAAAGUGCAAUACAGCGGUAUUCAACAGGUGGAUUCUCAUGUGCCGGUACGCCAAAGAACCAUGACAGUCUAUGGUAUGAAAACUGUCAAGGAGUUGGUCCAGCCAUGGAAAGUUGUCAUUAGCGACGUGGCCAGUCCUGGAGACCUGAUGGUCACGAGCAAAGCGCCAUCACAAGAAAGCCUUGACCAGUGGUUCCAACAAUGCCUGCAGAACAUUGCGCUGAUGGUAUCUAAAGCGACAUGCUACCGGAGUGAUUCUGGCUCCGAAGGGAGGCCUUGUUCGGUUACAGAGCUGAUGGGAGGUUCUGGUGGAUCGCCCGUGCCGCAGAAUGCUCUUGACAGAUCAGUUAGCGAUGUUGUUGACGCAGUGAAGCAGUUGAAAGCGAAGGUCGAAGGCAGCCGCGAUGUAGCGUGCAAUCUUGCACAGAAUAAGAUCUCUUAUAUCAAGGACCAAGUUCUGAAGCUCAAAGAGGGUAGCAACUGUAAAUUUGCGCGGGAUCGGGUUAUCCGACUAACAAGCCACCUCUGUUACGGUGCCAUCGAUGGCUUGGGUACUGGCUUCUCUUUGUACUUUCUAUUGGCCAUUGCGAUGUUAUUGUUCUCGCUGCUCUUGCUCAUCCUUAUUAUUGAAGACCGCGACAACGAUCGCUAUCGAGACACGCAAUAUACAGCUGCAGCAGGGGACGCAGCUGAACCUGCUGACGGAGCACCUGACGCUGUUGUUGUCGCUUCACCAGAGGAGGGGAAGGGAGUGGAAAACAGCAGCAGCCUACCAUCUCCCGAUGGAAACGGCGGUAUCCAGGGGAAAGCUCCAGAGAUACCACAGGAAGAUGCAUCAGUUGACGGUGUAGAUAUAAAGCCUUCAUCGCAUAGCGAUGGUGGGCUUCGAGUGGCGGCAUCUCAUGGAAUUGCUCCCCGUAUGGCCUCGAUUCCUUGA